AUGUCGCCGCAGACGGUUCUUGGUCUGUCGUCGUUCGCUCGAGAGGACAUCCAACUGGCCAGCUUGAUCCCCGACAUCAGAGAUAUCGAUCUUGACUCGUUAGAAAGUGUCCUGCCCCUCCAAAACGAUGAUUUCACCGUCCGGGACGUCGACGACUUUACCAGCUUUUUCAAUGGACAUUCGGACAACAAUUUCCAAGGAUUCCUAGCCCAGGUUGCGAGAUGGACCACACAGCGAACAAAAGAUGCAAACAUAACCCUAACGGCACACAAGGGCCGCGUCUACACCCUGAGAAAGCCCAACCUGUGGUUCCGCCGACUCUGCGAGAGAGAAGAGGUCCGAGAAUGGCUGCAGGAGCAGAUUGAAGACGGCAAUGAUACUGCUUAUUUUGUUGUUGGGCUGCAUACCCUCUUUGAUGCUGCUACAUCGGAGGGACUGGCGCUCGCAUCUGAGAACCGGGGUGACAUUUCUGCCCCUAUAUCGGAUUCCAAUUUACCCCUUGUCGCCGGCAGCGGCGCUGGACAAGUGGGCUUUGUGGCAGGCCUCGAACGCUCCGGAAGCACAACUCGCAGUUGCACGCUGCCGGGGGAGCAGGUAUUUGCUGUUAGGUUGAAGAGGGUAAUCCUGCGCACCUGGCGGACGCAGGAUGUUGACAAGGUGCAGCUGGAGCAGCAUAGUUAUUGGGUGAUGGCGUCGGAUAACCGAGCUGCGGAUGAAGGCGAUUCUGAGGUGCUGGAAGCAUUUUUGGAGGAUGAUUCAUUGGAGGAGGGCGGACUUGCAAGCGAGAUAGAGGAUAUUGCUGAUCGAUAUUACUUUGUUGUUCUGAAUUAG